UAAAUUAGGAACCAUGGUUAGUGAGUCUUUACAGAUUUUAUUCAUGUCAUUAUGUUAUUAUAUUAUUAAUAAUUAAUUCCAGUUAAAACUUGAUUAAAAAAAGAAAAAGAAAAAAAGAUAAGAUUGAGAUCAAAGAGUGACUCUUUUAACCACCGACGACGAGCCUCCGGGAUUACACACUGCACGAAAACAAAAACCAUUUUUCAGAAUAAGAUGAGGCAAGUGUUAGAAACGUGGGCGCCAUGGGAUGGAUUUAAUGGAGUUAUCCGGCGAAGGGGGAUAAAAAAAUAAAAACUAGUACUAGAAAACAACUGAAAACUAGAUGAUCACGAGCCGUACGUGGUUGAACCGAACAAGGAGCCAAUGGUAAUAAAACUAAGCAAGAGUGAAAAAAACGCCAAACAUGAUCCGCAGAAGCAAACGAAGAAGCUAAUUAAUUAACGAGUAUGUACGUAGUAUAUAUAAUUCACAUAAUAUUAUUACUCAUGAAUCAGCAAAUAAAACGAUUCGUGACGGUAAAAUGAUGUCGGGGAAUGAAGAUUAUUAUUAUUAGUAGAGUCAAAACUGUAGUAUAUGGGGGUGGGGUCCUAGAUGUCCAUUUAGGGGGGGAGGGUGUAUUUUAUUUUUUGCCUCUCCUAUAGGAAGCAGCCAUUUCCGGUUGGGACAACGACUGGCUUCCUUCUCUUCUCUUCCUUCCAUCCCUCCUCUUCCGUUACUCCCUCUAUACAUACAAUCCUUCUCUUUAAAAAAGCACCGCCUCUUUCCUUGUAGUGAUCAAAUCUCAGAACGUACUCUCCCAUCACCACCGUACUCCACAAAUCUGGGAAAGACAGGCGGUAGCAACUAGCAAGCAAGAUUUAAGCGGCCGGAAGGAUGAUGCGAAACAUGGGGAGUUCGCAGUCGCCCAAAGGCAUCGCCGCCAUAGUGGGUGUCGGACCUAACCUGGGCCGCUCCAUUGCCCGCAAGUUCGCCCACGAAGGCUACAUCCUCGCCAUCCUCUCUCGUGAUUUAGGUAGAUUGUCGAGAUUUGCGGAUGAGAUAGCGAGGGAAGAGAAAGCCCAAGUGUUUGCCAUCCGAAUCGAUUGUUCGGACACCAAGAGUAUUAGAGAGGCAUUUGAAGGAGUUCUUUCUUUAGGAUUCGUUGAGGUUUUGGUCUACAAUGCGUACCAUCCGGCUUCUCCCUCCCACUUCACCGACAUCCGCCUCCCUGAUUUCGAGAAGUCCGUCGUCGUUUCCUCCGUAGGCGCCUUCCACUGUGCCCAACAGGUACUUCCAGGCAUGGUGGAAAGAGGUAGAGGAACUAUUCUCUUCACGGGUUGUUAUGCUUCUUUGAAUGGCAUGGCUGGUUACUCCGAUUUAUGUUGUGGAAAGUUUGCUUUGAGAGCCUUAUCUCAAUGUCUUGCGAGAGAGUUCCAACCGCAAGGAGUCCACGUGGCGCAUGUAAUCAUCGACGGCAUCGUCGCUCCACCACCUCCUCCUAGGUCAGCAAGUAGUGCAUCAGUUGCACAGUCGAGAUCGACAUCAUCAUCGUCGGUUGGGGAGCAAGAACAGCAACAACAACAACAAAAGCAGCGUCACAUAUAUGGAGCUGGAGGAGAAGGGACUUUGGACCCAGACGUGCUGGCACAAACUUACUGGCAAUUGCACAUUCAAGACCGAUCAGCUUGGACCCAAGAAAUCGACCUUCGUCCCUCCAAUUCGUCCCGACUUUUCUGAAAAAUGAAUGACCUAAAAAAAAAAAGGGUAUAUCGACCGAUCUAUCUAGGGUCCCCUACCAGAAUUUUCACCAAAUGUCAUCCGUCUCCAUCGAGCUUAAUCACCGUCAUCAUACUACCAAAGUAAGUUGUGUACAACAUUCAAGUUGCAAAGAUUAAUGAUUCCUCGCCUGCAACUUUUUUAGUACUUUCCCAUCUGCCAGUUAGUUGCCGCUGGCUUCUUCGCUGGAAAGUGGAAAGUGGAAAGUGAUUUUCUCUCUUUUUGUUUUCUUGAAAUUCAAAUUCAGUUUGAUUGUGUAAAUGUGGAACAGAUCUUGAACUUUUGCUAUAUUCUUGCAUUAAUGUAGUAUGUUGUUAAAUUAGUUAAUGAUGGAUGGGUCGUUUUCAU